GAUCAGGCUCAUAACAUAAAUCGAAAAAAGCCAAAUAUGAUAAAUAUAACGAAAAAUAGCAUGAUUGAUUAAAUCGUGUUCAAUACUUGCGCAUGAGGAACAGAGUCAUAUAGCUUAAAUAUAAAAUCCAGCUUCCUCAUCGUCAUUCAAAGAGAUAUUUCUAAUUUCUGUCGCGACGAGAAAUGGCAAUACCAGAAGAAGAAUUUACACUUCUUGAAGAUUCCGUGAGUGACUCCGUCGACCACCGUGGAAUACCCGCCGGUAAAUCUUCCACCGGCGGAUGGAGAUCCGCUUGGUAUAUCAUAGGUGUGGAGGUAGGAGAGAGAUUUGCUUACUUUGGAAUUGCCUCCAACUUAAUAACGUACCUCACCGGACCUCUCGGACAAUCGACGGCAACCGCCGCCGUGAACGUGAACACGUGGUCAGGAACCGCCUCGAUGCUUCCUGUUUUAGGAGCUUUUGUAGCAGACGCUUAUCUCGGUCGUUACCUCACCAUUGUUGUAGCUUCUCUCAUCUACAUUUUCGGACUAGGACUAUUGACUUUAUCGGCUUCCUUAAUCCUAACGGGAUUAUCUGAGCUACGUAACGAUGCUUCUGCUAGACCGUCUUUUUGGGUGAAUAUAUUAUUCUUCUGCUCUUUGUAUUUGGUGGCGAUCGGACAAGGUGGACACAAGCCAUGUGUUCAAGCGUUUGGUGCGGACCAGUUUGACUCGGCAGAUUCUAAAGAGAGAAUAUCUAGAGGAUCGUUUUUCAAUUGGUGGUUCUUGAGUUUAUCUGCCGGAAUCACUUUAUCGAUCGUUGUUGUGGUUUACGUUCAAGACAAUGUUAAUUGGGCGCUUGGGUUUGGGAUCCCUUGUUUGUUCAUGGUUAUGGCUUUUGCUCUCUUCUUGCUCGGAAGAAAAACUUACAGAUACCCAAAAGGAAAUCACAAGGAGAAGAACGCUUUUGCAAGAAUCGGUAGAGUUUUCGUCGCAGCGUACAAGAACCGGAAACUGAAUUUAGCACAUUCUGGUUUGGGACAAUAUCAACUGGAGGAUGGUUCGUCUCAAAAAUGUAAAGGUUGGCUUGAGUUCCUAAGGAAAGCGUUGUUAUCAGGAGAAGGAGGUGCAGAGCCAUGUAAUAGUAGGGACGUGGAAGAUGCGAUGGCUUUGGUAAGGCUUAUACCGAUAUGGAUCACAUCGGUUAUAAGCACGAUUCCAUACGCUCAAUACGCUACUUUCUUUACCAAACAAGGCGUUACUGUGGACCGGAAAAUCUUGCCCGGUUUAGAAAUCCCUCCGGCUUCUUUUCAGUCACUUAUCGGCGUGUCGAUUCUCAUCUCAGUUCCGACUUACGAGCAUGUUUUCCUUCCUUUAGCUAGAAUGAUCACCAAAAAGCCUUUUGGCAUCACAAUGCUCCAGAGAAUUGGAGCCGGGAUGGUGCUCUCCAGCUUCAAUAUGGUGAUUGCUGCGUUGGUAGAAAUGAAACGGCUCGAGACGGCUAAGGAACAUGGGCUUGUGGAUAGACCGGAUGCAACCAUCCCAAUGUCUAUAUGGUGGUUCGUUCCUCAGUAUUUGCUACUUGGGAUGAUCGAUGUGUUCUCAUUAGUGGGUACACAAGAAUUCUUCUACGACCAAGUCCCAACCGAGCUGAGGAGUAUUGGUCUCGCGCUUUCUUUGAGUGCGAUGGGUCUUUCUAGCUUCUUGAGUGGUUUUCUUAUCACAGUGAUUAAUUGGGCUACAGGAAAAGAUGGCGGCGAUAGCUGGUUCAACACUAACCUGAACCGAGCACAUGUCGAUUACUUUUACUGGUUGCUAGCAGGUUUCACCGCCAUUGGGUUCUUUGCGUUUUUGUUCUUCUCCAGGCUGUAUGUGUAUCGCCGGGUAGAUUAAGUCCAAGAAUGAAAAAGGCUAUUUGUUAGUUGUUCUCCAGGCGUUUUUGUUUCGAAUCAUAUUAGACUAUUAGUUGUUCAUAAUGUAAUUGGAAAAAGUCAA